UAGCAGCUAACGGCUAACAGCUAGCCUUUUGCAUCUUAGUCGAGCUUCUCAGGGAGUACCGUAUCGCUCUUGACGAACAGUUUGAAAGUUGUCACUACGUACCGUGUCGUCCCUGAACCGCGAAAUAUGACCUCUGCACUGGUAAGGGAGUUUAUCAAGUUAUCUGUUAGCCCAUUUAGGGUGGAAGUUACGUCUGUCAUAAGUAGCGAAUGACGCGCAGCGGACGAAACGUUUACAUUUACAAGCCUGAUCCGACACUUGAGCGUAAUUUCAAGGGUCACAAGGAUGCUGUGACGAGUGUGGACUUCAGCAGCAACAUGAAACAGAUCGCCACAAGCUCCACUGACUGCAUCGUGAUGAUCUGGAACAUGAAACCUCAGAGGCGUGCGUAUCGUUUUGACGGACAUGAAGACUCUGUCACCUCGAUCCAGUUUUCUCCCUCAGGACACCUGGUAGCCUCCUGCUCCAAAGACAAGACUGUACGCCUUUGGGUGCCCAACAUGAAGGCUCAGUCAACCGUAUUCAAGGCUCACACGGCCACUGUGCGUAGUGUGAACUUCUCCGGGGAUGGUCAGGCUCUGGUCACGGCGUCCGAUGACAAGACAGUCAAGGUCUGGGCCGUUCACCGACAAAAGUUCCUGUUCUCCCUCAAUCAGCACAUCAACUGGGUCCGCUGUGCCAGGUUUUCUCCAGAUAGCCGCUUGAUCAUUUCCUCAAGUGAUGACAAAACCAUUAAGCUCUGGGACAAGAACAGCAGGGAAUGUAUUCAUUCUUUCUACGAACAUGCAGGUUAUGCAAACCAUGUGGAUUUCCAUCCCAGUGGAACAUGCAUCGCUGCAGCCAGUACUGACAAUUCAGUGAAGGUGUGGGACAUUCGAUCCCUUAAGAUGCUGCAACAUUACCAAGUCCACAGUGGGGUGGUGAACAGUUUGUCUUUCCAUCCAUCUGGUAAUUUCCUCCUCACCGCGUCUAACGAUUCCACAACCAAGAUAUUGGACCUUGUGGAAGGAAAACUGUUGUUUACACUGCACGGACACCAGGGUCCAGUAAAUUGUGUGGCCUUUUCCAGAACAGGAGAGUACUUUUCCUCUGGAGGUUCUGAUGAACAGGUGAUGGUGUGGAAGAGCAACUUUGAUGAGAGCGGUGACACAGCCAAGGUGCAGCGGUCCAACGCUCCCACCCACCAGACCUCGGAACCAGCUCAAACAGCUGCCAAAAUAGGCCGCGGUCACAGUGGAGCCAAGCAUCCCAACACCCACAAGAGUUCGAGCACCAGUUCCACCUCCAUCAACGUAAAAAGCCACGGCACGGCUCAACAGUCGCUCCAAGUGCCCCACACCCUGGAGGGAACUGCGGCCCCUGGUCUAACCAACACACUUCAACACAUUAUGGGUCAACUAGACAUUCUCACCCAGACGGUGUCCUACUUGGAACAGCGGCUGACGCUGACCGAAGACAAGCUGAAGGAGUGUUUGCAGAACCAGGGGGCGUCUCACGCGCAAACGUUUCCAGACGAGACGAGCUGGACCCCGGUCGCCCCAUACUGAGCCUCGCCGCGUGAUGAUUCCAACUUGUCCUCGCAGAGACAAAUGUUGCAGAGGUGGUUGCUUGCAAACAUUACUGACAGAGCGUCUCUUUUCUGCUGAUUGUGUUUUGCAGUAGGCAACAUUUUCAUAGUUACCUAUGCGAAGCACAUCUGUUUUUGUUUUUGUUUUUUUUAAAGCUGUGUUUGUGUAAACUUGGACAAAAAUGCAAACAUCAAAGAUGUUGGCUCAUUUUCCAUUCUCUUUUUUUCUUUAAAUUUGAGGUGGUCUCAUCUCAUCUUUUAAAAGUAACCUUAUCAUAUGAAGACCAAUUUUUGACCAAUUUUCACAUUUCCUCCUGUCUGUGUUAUUCCACAUUGUUGACUGCGUCCAUAUUUAUGUUCUUUGAGGCCACUUUUUCGUUCUGCGCCACAUUCCCCACAAGUCAUAUUUGCAUUUUUUGACUGUUCAGAGUUGCCAGGUGUGUUAAUAACAUGGCUGUGACAUAAUUACAUACAAAAAAAGAAGGAAAAAAAAAACAGAAUUAUAGCCUUAACACCUUAUAUCUUGACUUGCCCCUUAAAACAGGCUGGCCCUGUCUCAUGCAAGUGAUCGACUAUAUACCCCGGCCCAUUAUACUCCUGGGUCAAUGGCGAGUCCAUCUUUUGUUACUGUGUUGACUUGCGAGAACAGAGCGAGUGCCAAUAAAGACAGAAAAAUAAUUUGUACUCGUGGAGGUAGUAGCAUUUCGCACACUACUAUUUGUUUAUGAGGCAUUUAAAAAGGUGCGGUUAGUAUAUUUCUGUUGGUUUUCUACAAUUUGACAACAACAUGACUGUUACUAUUGUAGCCAAACCAUCUGUUUUUGUGCCUUAUCUGUUUUUGUUUUGUGUUUUUAAAUUCCCUCUCCUAGCUGAAAUUAAAGAGAGUCCAGAUGGUAUUUCAUAACGCUUUGCAAGUCCAUUUGUUGUCAUUGCUAUUGCCAGAGCAAUGAUGUCACCAGCGGUCACGCUUUAAGGGGACCGUUUCCUCCCUCGAUUGGUCCCUAGAGCCGUAGCUGUUGUUCGACACAUCGUGACUUUUCUGUGUUUUGUUGUCCUAGCAGAGAUGUGGACAGCGUGAGUCGUGAUUUUUGUCAUCCCAAGCGCCUGGUGAGUCACUUUCACCUCCUCCUUUGCCAGAUUUUUGGAGCUGCCGUGUAUUAGGCCAGGCUUCCGCCAAGUGGUACACAUCAGCUCGCCAAGUUUGGUUUCCUUUGGGGUGCGGUGUGUAGGCAGGGUAGUAGAUCAUCCAGUGACACCAUACACAUGCU